GGUGCUGCCGAAGUUGCACCUGAGGGAGCUGACGAUGCCAUGGAUGAAGACGACGAAGAAUCUUCUUCUGAAUCUGAGGCUGGCACCCAAAAUGAAGCAGGCGUGUCGAACGCAGGCGCAUCGGCAGAUGUAGCACCGCUGAUCUACUUCUUGAACCCCGACUCUCCCGAAACGCGGGUUACACUCAGUGGCCUAUCCAACCUCGGUGCACUCCGCCUACUUACUGAUCUCAUCGCCCGUCCCGCCCCUACACGUCCCACCGACGCGAGGGCGCUCCCGUCCCAUCGCCUGCGCUCGAGAGACGGCUGGCAAGAGACAUACGUGGGCAAGACGCUGUGGAUCUACGAUGCGCGCUCGAACAACGACGGAUGUGCUCGCCUCGUGAGUGGCAAGCCCGACCUCUGGGUAACAGCGACAGGAGAUAGCUGGCGCGCACGCGUAUCGCACAUGUGCGAACUGCAGGCGGGGCUUACGGGAGGAGGCAUGACGAUCGACUUUGGUGGGCUCGAUCGUUGGGACUAUGCCGAGCGCAUGCGGAACUUGGGCGAGGCCGAAACGGAAUAAGAUGCCUCGAUCUGAGGUCGUCGCUUGUGAUUUGGACUGGCUUCCACCAUUUACCAGGUGCCUCUUGGAGACUACCGAGUGAUUCCUGCCGCGGAAAUUGCGGGGUUUAUUUGCCCAGACAUGAUGUACGUGUAUCAAUCACUACAAUCGCC